AUGAAGGUGAAGACGGGGAAGGUCCUUGCGGGGGCUGUAGCCGUGUCCCUACUCAUCCUCCUGCUGAUCCUCUGGCUAUGCUUCGGCUUCACCAAGGCCUUCUUCAUCUUCGCUGGGAUCGACUCGGCGGCCAUCCUCGCCAUCUUCAUCUGGGCUAUGUUCAAGUACUCCUCCCUCGACCGCCGCCUGUCGAUGGCACGCCGGACGGCCCUUGAUGGCGAGGAGCUCCGCCUGCAGUACAGUAUCCUCCGCAAGGUCGCCGGCCUGCCGACCCUCUUCCGCUACGAGCAGCUCGAAGCCGCCACCGAUGGCUUCCGCGCCGUCCUCGGAAAGGGCUCCUCCGCCUCCGUUUUCAAGGGCAUCCUCGACGACGGCACUGCCGUCGCCGUGAAGCGCAUCGACGGGCAAGAACACGGCGAGGAAGAAUUCCGAGCGGAGGUCACUGCGCUGGCCUCCGUGCAGCACCUCAACCUGGUGAGGCUCCUCGGCUACUGCUUGGUCCCCCGUGGGCCACGCUUCCUCGUCUACGAGUUCAUCGAGAACGGGUCUCUCGACAGUUGGAUCUUCUCCGGCGACAGCGGCAGAAGCACCUCCGCCGCCCAGCGGUUGCUCCCGUGGGAGCAGAGAUGCGCGGUGGCUCUGGACGUGGCCCGGGCCCUCGCCUACUUGCACCAUGACUGCCGAUCGAGGGUCCUCCAUCUUGACGUGAAACCGGAGAACAUCCUGCUGGACGAGGUCUUCCGCGCCUGCGUGGCCGAUUUCGGGCUGUCGAAGCUGAUGAGCAGGGACGAGAGCCGAGUGGUGACCACCGUGCGGGGGACGCGUGGGUAUUUGGCGCCGGAGUGGCUUCUCGAGAGCGGCGUGUCGGAGAAGUCCGACGUCUACAGCUACGGUAUGGUACUGCUGGAGAUCGUAGGCGGGCGGCGCAACGUGCGGCUCGUCGGCGACGGGCCGGCGUCGCAGAGGAAGUGGUCGUAUUUUCCUAGGAUCGUGGCGGAGAAGGUACGGCAGGGAAGGGAGAUGGAGGUGGUGGACGAGAGGCUGCCGGCAGGGGAGGUGGAGGAGAACCAGGUGAAGGCGAUGCUAUACGUGGCGCUGUGGUGCAUCCAGGAGAAGCCCACGCUGCGGCCGACGAUGGCGAGGGUCGUGGACAUGCUCUCCGGGAGGGCUCCCGUGGAGGCACCGCCCGAGACAGAGAUGGUGGUGGUGGACCUUCUCGCCAUCGACCACGAUGACGCCGGCGACUCGGCGGCGGCGCCACCGCACGCCGGCCAAAACCGGCCCAUGUCGGCGUACUUUGCCUCCCUGUCCACAUUGUCCCCCCGGUAG